AUGAAACACACUAAUAUUACAAAUAUAAAAGACUUCAUCAUCAUUGGAUUCCCUGGACUUCCACCUGAGUAUUAUGGACCAGUGUCUGUUCUUCUUUUCCUUGUUUACCUUGCUAUUGUGAGUGGAAAUGCUUUGAUUUUGACGGUUAUUAUGUAUGAGCGGACUCUUCACAAACCAAUGUACCUGAUCUUUUUUCACCUUGCAAUGACAGACAUCACAUUUGGGACCGUGACACUACCAAAAAUCAUUUCCAGAUAUUGGUGGAAUGACAUGAUAUCUUCAUUUGGAGCCUGCUUUACACAAAUGUAUUUUGUCCAUUCUUUGGGAGCUAUUCAUUCUUUAAUUUUGCUUAUUAUGGCUUUGGAUCGUUUUGUUGCCAUAUGGCUUCCUUUCCGAUAUCCCGUUUGGAUUACAAAUAAAACAGUUAGUAUUGCUUGUAGCCUGUGCUCGGUUUUCACAUUUAUACGUAUGAUGGGGAUUGUGCUCCACGCUUUAACUUUGCCUUACUGUAACCUAAAUGUAAUCAUGCAGUGCUACUGUGAUCAUAUAUCAAUAACUCAGCUGGGAUGUGGUGAAAAUGUUGCAUAUGUUAAAAAUGUUGCACUUGCAAAUGCCUUGGUCAGUCUCUUGGUUCCAUUAACAUUUAUCAUUUGUUCUUACUUCUCUAUUAUCAUAGCUGCUCUGAAAAUGUCUCAUACUGAGACGUGCCACAAAGUCAUGUCCACCUGUGCUCCUCAGAUCUUUAUUACCUGCCUUUAUUAUGUGCCAAGAUGUUUCGUUUAUCUCUCUCACAACCUGGGAUUCAGUUUUAGUACUGAUGCUCGUAUUAUUAUAACAAUGAUAUAUAGCCUCAUACCUGCUGCAGUUAAUCCAUUGAUAUACUGCUUCAAGACUAAGGACAUUAAAAGAGCUUUGAUGCAGAGGCUCUUUCUCAGGUUGUCUCAGAAUGUUGAU